UCACAGCGCGGGCGUCCACUAGGAUGAGCUAACUUGGCUAGCUAGCUAGUUUAAUACACGCGGAAAUUUAUGGCAACUUAUUUAGCAGUGACAAAUCGUGUAUUGACAUUUUACAUCUUAGUCAUGCUUGGCUAGCUGUUAUCAAUAAGUCACCUUUUAGACUGGCUUGAUGCUAGCUAACGUCAACCAAGUAGCUAGCUCUAGCUAGAUAGCUAGCUUUUCAGAAAUUCUUUUCCGAUUCACAUAGACUUUGGAAUGCUGGCACCGUCAAUUCCUACCAUUAUGCCAGCUCUACUGGAGAGGCCGAAACUGACCAAUGCUAUGGCACGCGCCUUGCAUAAACACAUCAUGCGAGAGAGAGACCGCAAGAGACAAGAGGAAGAAGAAGUAGACAAAAUGAUGGAGCAGAAACUAAAAGAGGAGGAGGAGAGGAAAAGAAAGAAAGAAAUGGAAGAGAGGAUGUCUUUGGAAGAAACAAAAGAACAGAUAAUGAAGAUGGGGGAGAAGCUCCAGGGCCUUCAGGAGGAAAAACACCAGCUCUUCCUUCAACUGAAAAAAGUUCUUCACGAGGAGGAGAAGAGACGGAGGAAAGAGCAGAGCGACAUGACAACCCUGACUACUGCCAGCUACCAGCCAGGCAUGGCGAUCCACUCAAGCCAACACUUACUGAGCAUGCAAGCCAGUCAAGUCAGCCAUGGCCGUCCUGCUGUGCUACUCGGGGAACGUAAUAAGCAACUCUUCCAGUCCCCUGGCAUUCCAGGUCGCCACUACCAGAGUCAGGCAGGGGUUUCUGAGCACGGUCAGUACUCUGGCAGCCCGGCCGGACACGGGCCCUACGGAAUCCCCCAGACCCAGCACCCAUCCCCCUAUGGCCCCGGCCAGCCCAGCACGGUCACCUAUGCCAGCAGCUCCCAGCUCCGAGGGGCCUCAGCCUUUCCAACCAUGCAGUACAUCCCUCACCAGCAGCAGGCCUACGCUGUGCAUGGACAUUUCACCUCCCAGCCAGGAUUCAUACCUAGUGCAGGGAUCCCUCUACAGAAGCAGUUGGAACAUGCCAAUCAACAGUCUGGCUUCACUGACUCUAGCCCCCUGAGGCCUAUGCACCCCCAGGCUCUCCAUGCCAGUGCCGCAGGCCUCCUGCCUAGCUCCUCCAUCUCUGUUCAGAUCCCCUCUGCCAAGUCUGGUUUGCCAUAUGCCCACCCACCCCGCCCUGCAUCUCCAGGAAGCUUCACCCAUGGGACACCCCCACCACAGGCUCACCCUGCAACCUUCCAGAGCUCUGCCCAGCCUCCUCCUCCUCGUCAUGCCUACCUCUCUCAGACCCAGGUCGGACAGAGGUUCUACCAUCACAGCAAGUAAACGGAACGACCAGCAAUUACAGACUGACCUAAUUCUCCAAACAGCUUAACCCUAACUGCAGGAAUGCCUGAAAUUGUGUUUUUUGACAAUAAUAAUGUAUUCUUAGCAUUCACAAGCAUGUUUUAUUUUUUGUCAAGGUUUCUGUAAAUAAGCUCUCGUUUUAUACUGGGUAUGGCUCUCAAAGCCACAAGAUGUAGGAGAACAGAUUGAGGAAAAUCUGCUUUACAAACUAUUGUUUAAGUUUAUUACCACAACAUCCAAACUGUAUUUUAAUUACAAAAUCCUAGUACUAUACGUAUUUAAGGAGUAAAUGUAUUUAAUACAAAUUUUAAUGAAUUAAAUGUAAACCCUUCUCAGGGCCCAUGGAAGAGUUAAAUCACAAGAAGUGACUCUCCUAGCCACAUAUUUGUGGAAGCCAUAUUUUCCUAAGCUUUUAAACUGAAAAAAUAUUAUUUUGCAACUAAUUUUAUUAAAUUGCUCUUGAUACCAAAACAUGUA